AUGCCUCAAUACAAAUUAACUUAUUUCGAUAUUCGCGCUCGUGCAGAAGUUGCUCGAUAUCUAUUUGCACUUGCUGGUGUCGAAUAUGAAGAUAAGCGGGUCACACAGGAGGAAUGGCAAAAGAUGAAACCAAACGUCCCCAAUCCAUUCCGUCAACUACCAAUUCUGGAAAAAGAUGGGAAUGUCAUGAUCCAAAGCAAUGCAAUUUCGAAUUAUCUUGCCAUGGAAUUUGGUUUCCAUGGAAAUGAUAACAUGGAAAAGUAUAAAAUUGAAAUGGUUGGAGAAAGUAUUUAUGACAUGUCAAAGGCAAUGAUGACGGCGAAUUUCGAAAAAGAUGAGGAAAAAAAGGCCAAGCUAACAGAAGACUUCUAUGGUACUUUUCUACCUAAAUGGUUAUCUGCAAUGGAAAAGAUUCUAAAAGAAAGCACUGGUGACUAUUUCGUCGGCAAUAGGAUCACCUUGGCUGACGUUGGAUUUAUUUUCUCCUGUGAUUAUCUUCUCGCUGCUAAACCUGAUGCUUUUAAAGAUCACCCGGGACUUAGUGGAUUAUAUGAUCGUUUGGCUGCUAACCCUAAGAUCGCAGAUUGGCGGAAGAAUAGACCUCAAACAAUGUUCUAAUCUAACAGAUACAGAAAUAUAAAGCGACGUAAUUUUGAGUAAUUGCAUUUUCGUUUAGGGAUGCAAUUUUAAUUAUCAAUAGUUUGUCUUUCUCUUUCUCGUGUUCUUCGUGAAAGUAUGAAAAUCUUUGAAAUAAAUGGUACGACUUAAAA